AUGACCGUCACCGAGACGCUGAAGAGUGCCGUGGGCUUGGGGGAGAAUUCCGCAUCCCGCCAGGAAAUGUCCGAGGCCCGUCUUCCCAUGCAGUACCGCGACUCAUGUGCCCACCUCCUGAUCCCGUUGAACCGAUGCCGACAAGCAGAGUACUACCUGCCCUGGAAGUGCGAGGAUGAGAGACAUUCCUACGAGAAGUGCCAGUACGAAGAGUUCAAGAAGCGGGUGGCCAAGAUGGACGAGCUGCGCGCGGCCAAGGACGGCGCCCGGAGCAACUAA